UUUUGCGAUAAGUAGAUACUUGAUUAAAUACCCGGGGAUGCCGCCGCCGCCCCUCUGUUCAUCAACGGAGCUCCUCUGCCUGCAACAAAUCGCGUGAUCCAUGACAGCCCGAUUGGUAUCGCAGCAUCGUCAGCAUCAACUCGGAACUCUCCACGAUACAAAUUUCUGCCAUGUCUGAACGGCGUGUUAAACGAAUGGUGCCCGAGGAGACUGAAAAUGGUCCCGUCGCACGGGCUCUUGAAGGCGCCAUCACAACGCGUCCUCUGACUGGGAAGGACAUCCCACCGGGUCGCGAUCACAUGUAUGAAUGCGUGUUUCAACUAGAUCACCCUGUCUUCGAGCGGCUGAAGGGCCAGAAGAUGCCUCUCCAUUUCCAUUCCUCUCAGCACGAAUACAUGCAGGUACUCGAGGGUCGACUGCUUUACGAAGUCGAAGGCAAGGAGAUGGUGUUGAAACCGGAGGAUGGCGAGGUCUGCAUCAAGCCAUGGACUCACCACCGGAUUCUGCCGACGCCUCCUACGGAUGGCCCUUCGGGAAGACGCACUGUGUUCAAGCUCUCGAGCUCCGAUUCGGAUCAGGUUUUCAAGCUUGACGACAUCUUUUACGAGAACUGGUACUCGUAUCAGGAGGAAUUCAUUGUUCACGGCGGAAGCAUCAGUCUUCUCCAAAUCCUAGUCAUGUAUGACGCUGGUGGCUCGUAUCUGUCGCUACCUAGGUGGAUACCAUUUGGGAAAGCAAUAUCCUACUACAUCCUGGGCAUCGGUAUGGGUAGAUAUCUGGCGGCUGCAUUGGGGUAUCAGCCAUAUUAUCGGGAGUGGACAACCAAAUGGGAUGAAGCCUGUAGGAAGAUGGAGACCACUUUGUUCCAGCGGCGGUUUGCGAGGAAAUAGUAAUUCGUGGCGCCUUUCUCGGGUCGCCACGAGAG